AUGGAGACACCGACCCACAAACACCCAAAACAAUCGGGGGAAUGCCACCGCCUGCUAUGGGAACCCAAGCUCAUGUACGCUCUCAAUUCGGCGUGGGGCUCUACAACCGCCAACUACUUGCCGGUCUACUAUCAGCACACCGCUGGGUUCUCCAAGAUGCAGAUCGGUUUACUCCAAACGCUUCCUAGCAUCGCUGCCAUCAUAGGCCCACCAUUCUGGGGCGGCGUCGCCGAUCGAAUCCGAAACCAGCGACUUAUCCAUGUCUUCUGCAUCGUCAGCGGCACGUUGUUGCAGUUCUCAACCCGGUACUUCUACUGGUCACUUGGCUGGACUGUGUUCAUGGUGCUCAUCAGCCAGAUUCAGAGUGGCCCCGCCGGUUCAUUGUUGGACCACGCGGUGCUCGAUUUGUUGGCAAAAGAAGGAGGGGAGUACGGACGCCAGAGACUCUUUGGGGCGGUGGGAUGGGGCAUUGGAACGUACUUGACUGGCGUCGCGGUGGCGUGGGGAGGAAUCUUUUGGUCGUUUAAUUUGUGUCUCAUCGUGGGUUUUUCAACGUUGCUAGUGCUGCAGCGGAUUCCUCCGAUCAAGUACGAGGAAUACGCUGCAGUGGCGACGGCAGACGAAGAAGGCGUCUCGGAUGUUGCCCCGUCAUUUUUGGAGACGACACGCUUGAUUUCCAAGAAGUUGGACGUCCUGGUGCUGCUCGGCGUUGUUUUCAUAAUGGGGAACAUGCAUGGGGUCUUCUCUAGUUUUCUACAGCUUAACUUGUACAACCUGGCGGGCGACGAUCCGCAUAUUAUUGGCGUGGCUAUCAUGUGUGAGACUUCGUCGGAGCUGCCUGCUUUUUUCUUCGCCGACAGAAUCGUCAAGAAAAUUGGCACAGUGAAUGUGUUGUUGGUUUCCCUCGCGGGUUACACACUACGAAUUUCGUAUUACGCGCUGAUGACAAACGCGUGGGGUGCGAUUCCAUUCGAGUUCCUGCAUGGCAUCACGUUUGGACUAGCGUGGGCUGCUUGCACACAGUAUGUGUUUUCUGCAGCACCUCGUGGCUGUGAGGGAACUGUGAUGGGUGUACUGAGUGCCGUUCAAAAUGGAUUGGCACGGGCGUCAGGCACGCUGAUCGGUGGAUACUUCUACGAAAAUUAUGGCGCUCGCGCGAUGUGGACCGCCACAGGGUUUGGCAUUCCUCUGUCACUGGUUAGCGUUGCUAUCUUUGCGUAUCUUAAAGGCGACGAAGACAUUGCUGUGCCGGAGGAAGAGUUGUUGCUAGAGCAGGCCGCUUUAUUCUCGCCGCACCGAGGGGAUCCACAAGGUUUGAAGUCUCCGAUUCAUCAGCACGGAUUUAACACUUCUGCGCAUCUUUCCUAUGACUCGGUUCAAUAA